GUUGCUGUCCGUCAAGAAGUCUGAAACUUGUUUGUGACCUGGAAAGUCGAAGAAAAAUGGUGUGAACUGGCGAUUUUAGAGAGAUCUUGGCCACAUUGCUGUGUCUACAAGGUUCUCUUGAUCCUCAGGAACCUUCAGAGUGGUUGAUGGGAAUGCUGAGGUGCUGAUAGACUGCUAUCAUCACCAUGGAAACUGUUGUUGCCGUGGCGAUCGCCAUCUUGGCAGCCAUCUUUGUGGCCUCGUUGAUUUCCCUGCUGUUGGUGUGUAAACAGAAGUACUGCGGAAGGGCCGACCUGUACAAGCAGAGUCUGGCUAUCAACCGCCCCACAGUGGAGCUGGUGAGUGCUAUGGAGACCCACGGGGAGGUGUCAGAUGUGGAGCUCACCAACGUGGCCUUCACCCCGGAUAUAGACGACAUUCUGGAGAAUGAGGCCUGGAUAGAUGAUGCAUCGGGACUGAUCCCCCACUGUCUGGCCAUCUUGAAGACGUGUCACCAGCUGACGGAGAAGCUGGUUGGCAUGACGAUGAACAACUCCCAGAUCCGCAGUCAGGCCGACCUUGGAGAGGUCGUGGUGGUGGCGAAGAGAAUCAGUCCGAGGGUGGACGAUGUGGUCCGUUCCAUGUAUCCUCCUCUGGAUCCCAAGUUGCUGGAAGCUAGGUCUACCGCCCUGCUCUUGUCAGUCAGCCAUCUUGCCCUGGUCACAAAGAACGCCUGUAAGAUGCCAGGAUCAUUGGACUGGAUCGACAACUCCAUUUCUGACAUGGAGGAGCACAUGUCUGUCCUACGCCAAGCCGCCAUGUCCACCGAGGAACAGACGCCAUCAGAGGCGCUGGAAGAACCACAAUCCUCACAGCUGUGAAAUAACAAGAGUUUGCAACAUUCAAAGGGACUGCCAAAAAACAGUUCUCAAGCAACUGGAUAUGAUUUUGGAAAUGGGCAGAGGUUUCAAUUAGCAUCCACUAGUUUUUGUCAGUGACAUGUUGAAACGACUGACUGUUUCCAAAAUCAUAUCCAGUUGCUUGAGUAACUGCUUUUUGGCAUAUCUUAGUACCUGGAUGCCUAAUCUUCAUCGACGUAUUCAAAGGAACUGUUAAACUAUUAAAGUGUAUGCUGAUUUUAGUUUGACUGGUUUAUAUGCUGGUUUCAAGCUAGAACAGCUCAUCUUAUGUGAAAAUGGAAGGUUAGUUGAGGGUUGAGAGACCACAACAGAGAUCAACAUAGCAAGUGUCAAAUCAUGACAAAUGAAACUUGCGGUGACGCAAAAUGUUACAUUACAGAUUGCUAACUGUAUUUACAAGUUGCGAUGUGGAACAUUCCAACUUUUUUAAUGCCAGUAAAAAUACUUUAACUUGUAGUACUAUAACUUGUAGUACUAACAGUAUUGGAGUAGUGUCUUAUAUAUCAUACCAAAUAGUGUCUUAACUAUAAUGUUGUCAUAGAUGUGUUAGAAGUUCUAUAUUUUUUCAAAGCCAUGGAGCUGAGGGUCUUUAUGGGGCUUAAAAGGACCACAACACAAUUGUAUAUACACAUGUUAACAAUGUGAAAGGAUACCAUAAUUUGCUAAUAGCAAGGGGUUUUCUGUUUCUUUCAUGAAAGGGAAAUAUCUACAUGAACUUAAUGCAAAAGUAAUGUUGCUGUCAUAUAUAGAUAAAGUGGCAUAGGUAUUGCUUCACUUGUAGUCUCUUUAAUAGUGUCGUCAACAAAAAUAGCAAAUCAAAUAUCCAUAUGCAUCUUGUUGGGAGUAUUGCUUUGUACAUGAAAUGCUCAUUAAAUUGUGUACCUUGUAUUGGUAGAGACGAGAGAAUAUGUUGAUAUCUCCAACAUGGCUCUUUACAGGAUACAUACUACAUGGAUGUAAUACUGGCAGAAGCCCAUUAUACACAAAUAAGAGAAACAUGUGACAAAACAUUUAGGAUAGGUCAGAAAUCAUAGAUCUGUCAAUUCUCGAAAGGAAAAGAAAUAACAAAAGGUACAAGAUGUACAAGAAGUGCCUGAAGAUUCUUCUCCAUUGUUUAUUUCUUAUCUUACUACACAUGUACAAAAUGUAAUUGCCACCAAGUUUGCUAAAAGCAAUGGUGUAUUUUUUAUACAAACUUUCCUUUUGGGUAUCUAUGUUGGGAGAGGGUUUGAAGAAUGAGGUGGUGUUCUGUCAGAAGUCAUUUUUAUGCUGUUCAAAUAAAAGAUAAACUUUCUAGAUAAAAAGAUGUUAAAAGUCUUACCCAGACCACUAUGUACAAAGUCUGCACUAUUGAAGUUUUAUUAGUUUAAGACAGCCAACAUGGACAUGCUAUUAAAUUGUUUUUCAAAACCGCU